AUGUUUUCAAUUACAACUAGAAUAGCACGAUUAUCUAAAGAGUCAUUGAGAAAUACUAAAAGAGUACAGUGCUUUUCGUCUGCUAAAAGUUCUGAUGAUAAAGCAAAGCCGUGGGAAGAUCCUUGGAAACAUGCUCUUCCACCUCAACAAUCUACCUAUUCUGACGCAGAAGAGCUGAAGAUUGAUUGGAAGUUUGUAGAGAGGUUAUUACCUCACGAAGUUGUGCCUGAUCUUCCUAAACACAGCAGCUACCCUACUCCUAGUGGAUGGCAGCCACCAGCUUCUCCAUCACCUGCGUUGCCAUACUAUGUUCGUAGAAAGAGGGAUCAUACGUUUGCUUUGUACUUAGAGAGGAGAAGAGAUGAGCUCAAUGAGCAGACUCUAGAUUUCGAGUAUGUCGAGUUAGUGGUAAUCAAAGGUGUAGAUGGAGAUGUCAUGGCUUUCAAUAAGGAUUUAGUAUCAUUUUUGGAGUCCACUCUCGGACAUCCAAUUGCCUCUCAUGUUGACGAACUCAAAGGGAGGAUAAAGGUCAAAGGAGCAGAAAGAUCUCUCAUAGAAAAGUUUUUAUUCAAACAAGGUUUUUAG